AUUUAAUGGUGUGGAACAAAAAGAAAUCUACAUGUUAAUUUUUCCCUGAUGAUAUAUCAUGUCAUGUUAUUAACUUGUUGUUAUUUAUUGACAUAUAAAUAAAAUAAAAUUCUCGAAAUCGGAUUAUACUUUACAACACAUUACCGGCUGCAUACUUCAAUGGACUCGACAAUGAUAGAAUGUUAAACUUAGAAAACAAAGCGAUAAAUAUAAAGCGGUGAUGAGGUUUCAUCUCAAACCCCAUUAUUUUUCAUUUCAUCCAUUAGAUAUUAGCGCUCGACAUCAACUGUUGACUAUCAACAUCUCAAAUCGAUUAAUUCUCAUCACAUUCCUCGCUGUUGCUUUAUUUCCAAUCUAUGGCGUAUUGACUGUUGAACCUUUGUUGCAAACACAGCAACAGGAGCUUAUAAACGAUGCUGAAAAUCAAUUGGCAACGUGUGAGACUAAAGCAUUUGAUGAAGUUCCACCAGAGCCGUUUUAUGAAGCUUCAGAUGUUACCAUAGAGGCAGCAAGAAAACUUGGUCAAUACAUUUCGGAUGCGAGUAAGGAUAGUAAGAGCACAUCAAAGUAUCCGCCAUCGAAAGUUGAAUUGUUUCAUAAGCAAGCAAAUUUAUUAGCGAUAGAAGCACUUAAGGAAGAUGAAAAUCUUUUGGCAUUCGCUCUUGCUGCACCACUUGCCUCAAUAGCUGUUGUACAAUUUCGUGAUAAAGUUGAUAAUAAAAGUACAACAAAUCAUACAUUCCUACAAACUUAUUGGCGAGAGCUUGGCUUCGCAUGGAAUCAAACGGAUGGUGCACAAUUUUGGGGUGCGCCAUUUCGAGACUGUGGACCAUUGCGAGGACGUUGGCUUUGGCCAUUUAGUGUGACUGUUGUUGUACAGAACAUCAAAACUGUUGCUUCAGCUUUUAUUCCGGCAGACCAGGAUGUAUGUAAUGAUGCUCUUGAGCCAAUAUUUGGUAAAAAGCACAGCUGUGAUCGUGAAACAACGUUUUGUUUAGCAACCGAAUCAGACACAUCUUCCGAUUCAUCAUCAUCCCCACUGUCAUCAUCACAAUUGUUUAUCCCGCGCCCUAAAUAUGCGUGUUUAUGUCGCGAUGGAUUUUAUAUUCCAAAUGAGACAUUUCAGGGAUUUACAAGCGAUAAAAUCGAGAGUGAUGGAAGUAAUUUUACUUGUAAACCAUGUCCAACCGGAUGCUCGUGUGAUAAGAAUGGCAUGUGCAUUUACGGUACAGAUGAGGAAGAUGACUUCUUAACGGAAUCUGUACUUAGAGCAAGUAUUGGUGCUAUACUUGGAUGCUGUUUUCUCUGUUGCUUUCUUAUUGGACUAACUGUGUUCCGGAGGAGGAAGUGCAAAAUAAUAGCGACAGGCAUGUGGACUAUUUUAGAGACUAUUUUACUUGGAAUUCUUUUCCUUUAUUCAGCGGUUGCCAUUCAUUUCUUACCCGCUACAUCAACACGGUGCAUGUUGGAGCCAUGGCUUCGAGAAUUUGGCUUCAUAAUCUGCUAUGGUGCGAUCGUCCUUAAGCUAUAUCGUCAUUUGGUGGAGUUUCGGACUCGAAAAGCCCACCGUUAUGUCGUUCGUGAUUUAGAUUUGCUGCGUUAUUUAUGUGCAAUGAUUGUUGCUGUUUUAUGUUAUUUAGCUGCAUUUACUGCCCUGUGCUUCGAUUAUCUAGAUUAUAGUCAACUGAUAUGGAAUGUUGAGAUGGAAAAUGUUACAACAUUAAACAUGUGCAAGCCACUUAAGUGGGAUUACGUGACCCAAGCUGGCGAAAUGUUGAUAUUGAUUUUUGGUAUCCAAUUAGCAUAUGCCAGCCGUAAUAGUCCAAUAAAAGGGGAACGUCAGUAUCUCGUGGCAUCAAUACUUGUAGAAUUUAUUGUUUCAACUAUAUAUUAUGUAAUAAGAGACUGGUACUUGUCGGAAUUUAAUCCAACAACAUUGUUCUUAGCACUAUUUAUACGUUCUCAACUCACCAAUACCAUCACAAUGGUGCUUAUAUUUCUGCCAAAACUUUACUUUCAACAUAGACAGCUUCUACCCUCGAACCAAAUGGAUGUCUCAUUUCGUUUUCCUGUGUACGGUUUCAAGGGUGCAACGGAGAGUUCACAUCAUCAUGGACUAAGCGGAUAUGCUGGCAUCUGUAUUGGGGAUCCGGAAAUAGGAGAUUUAACGAUAUCUGAAAUGAGUCCCGAGGAAAUUCGAGCUGAAUUAAAAAGACUGUAUACACAAUUAGAAUAUUUAAAAAAUAAGACGCUCUGUCAAGGCAAUCCCCAUAUCUCGAAGCGUCGUGGAGGACGAAAAGUAGCACAUCGGCGGUUCUCAUUGCAGAAAAAAGGAAGUCGUGACAAGGCACUGAGCGCAAAACAUCGUCGACCACCACCAAGUCAGGAAGUGGAAAUAACGGAAGCAGAACCAUCGCGAACACCCGAAGAUUCAGUAUGUAGUGCUGAAGGUCCGACUGAUACCGGAACCGGUGGUGAGAUGUCAGGCAUUUCGACAUCCAAAUAGCAUCAGGCUUAUCAAGUGACACAUCUCUAGGAUUUGCACCACAUGAAUAAUAAUAAUAUUGAUAUAAAUAAAAUUAGUAAUAAUCAUGAUAAUGGAAUUAGCAUUAGUAAUAAUCACACGUCAUCAGCUGUAGACGGAUUAGUGCAUUUGUAAUAUUUUUUAGCUCUUUCUCUUCAAAUGUUCAUCCCCAACUCAUCCCCCACUAAAUGCUCUCACUAAUAUAGUAAAUAAAUUUUAGAUUAUUAGAUUAAUUAUAUUUAAUAAUGAUGAUAAUGAAAAAAAAAAUGAAUUUGAAGAUAGAUUAUUAAAUUAAAAUUAACAUACACAUGUAAAUAUUAUUAAAGAUGAAAAGAAAAAUCAAGUACAAUAUUCGAUGAUAAAAAUAAUCAUUAGUGAAUAAAAUCAUAUUCAUUUAGUUUUUAAAUUAAGCAACUUAAAAUGAUAAAAAAAUGAAGCUUUAAGAAUGGUAUAAAAAAUAUUGUAUUUAGGUGACAAGGUAAAAGCCAAACAAAUUUAUUCACGUUUGUACACGUAUAUCUGGUUCGUAUGUAUGCUUUUUUUUGAAUGACAGCAAUGCUUUUAGUUUCAGCACAAAAAAAUUUAUAUUUCAUUUCUUUUUGCUCUCUGAAAAAAUACGAUAUGAAAUAUAAUCCGUGAGGAUUAUGCAACAUCAGCAAAAAUGUUAGUUGAUUUUUUGACGUGAGAAGCUCUUCUCACUUAAGCUUUAGAAUCAUUUUGAAACACUUUUGGUUUUGAAUUUCAAAU